UGGAAUAAGGCAACAUGUGCUCCUGAGUCAUCAUAUCUAAUCCCCGGCUCAAUUAGUGCCUUGGACCCUGGUCGUCAUCCCAGUCAGAAUGAGCGGUCUGGUCAAAUCAGAAAAGACAACUUCAGCAACUGUCCGCACCACCUACUUGAAGAAGACCACCAGUCGCCAACGGUCUCGCCAAGCGAGGCCUAUUUUGGCCGCUUCGAGAGCGGGGUGGAAAGAAACAGACGCGUCGCGUCCACAAACUCCAGGCAACAGACAGCAAAGCAUCUCAUCGAGCCUCUUCACGAUAACACGUCUGCUGCGGGAUAUUUAUUAUUCUCUCAUUUUCUCUCAGAUUGUGAGAUCGGUGUGAGUCUUGAUCACUAAACCACCAACCUCUCAGAAUCGCUUUGCUCACUCACUCCUCACAUUCAGGCGUGGCCACCACCGUCGACGAGAUGCUUCCAGAUCAACCCCCCCUCAACUGCGCCUACAAGCGCGACGAUGUCGUCGCUGGCCUCACCGAAUACUACUCAGCGCUCACGCGCAUGGCCUACAUCCCAUCAUCAUACGUUGAUUUCCCACCGCCAGGGGGCUGGACAGACGCCGACCUUGAGAUAGGCGCCCUGCGCGCUCUACGACGCUCCGAAACCGUCAUUGACCUGCUGCGCCAUAUCCCCUAUGCCAGACCAAUGCACGACGGACCUCGUCCGGGCCCUUGGAACGUCGCACCACAAACCAAGGCUGUGCGCUACCUCCGUCACAUGGGACACUUCAGUCAGUGGUCCGAUCGCGGCGACGCGGGGCUGCUUGAGCUUGCUGCCCUUCCCUCUCACGACACGGGAGCCGCACCGAUGGAUUUGCCGCCGGAUGUGAUUUGUCUCACGUUUGGAGAGUACCAUUCUUCAAGCUCGCGCACGAAGCCCUAUUGGUGGAUUGUAGACUGCAGCCGAGGUGUUAUCACGCCUUAUCAAGAGCGAGUCUACAGCGUCGGAAAGGUCCCACGCAACAAGCCGUGGCGAUGUGUACGGUCGUACUCUGUUACGGAUUACUUCUCGCAGCUCGUGUCGAGUCUGGGCGUCCAGCUGUUCCCCGUACCGCCGACCGAGGAUGUCGACGCCGAGAUCCUUGACCCGAGCGCCCUCGCGAAGUCAUCGGAGCCGGUGGAUAUCUACCGCGCCCACGGCUGGGGCACCGGUGAUCUCGGAGACUUCAGACACGACGAGUGCAUCGUCGCGCUCCAAGGUUGGCGACGCCGGGUGCAUGAGGAAGUGCAGAGAAAGAUCGCUCAGGAUGUGGACGACGCCGAUGAUGAGGACUUUGAGAUGGACGACAGUGACGACGACGAGGAUGCUGCGCAUGAGGGAGAGGCGGGUGAUGGCCUCGCUGAUGCCGUGGCGGAUAUGGAGAUGGACGAUUUGAGUGCCGAGGCUGCUGCUCUGAGAGCUGACAUGAGCCCAGAGGAACGUGCAAAGUUUGAUCGCAGAGAGAUGCAGUCGUACUUUGAGUGGGUUGAUGAGGAAUGAUUGAAAUGCAGUAUGCCUUACGAAACCAAAGUUUCUGCUUUAAUUUGCAACUAGUAGAUGAGAUAUAGAACUGUACCACAAGACAUUGAUCACGCCUAUUCCAUGAC